AUGCGCGCCCCCUCCCUCCGCGGCGCCGCCCUAGGCGCAGCCGUCGCCCUCGCGGCCCCGGCUGCCGCAGCCCUGAACGCGACCGAGACCUCCGAACGGCUCAUCAUCGCUAAUGACCGCCUCUACGCCGCCAUCGCCAAGCCCGGCGGCUCCGUCGUCGAGCUCACCCUCGACGGCGUAAACCUCCUCGGCACCGCCUCUGGCGCCACCGGCCAGGGCCCGUAUCUCGACUGCUACUGCACGCCCCAAGGAUUCUGGACCCCCGGCAGCGUCAAGCCCACCUUUGAGCUCUAUUCGGGCGAGGACUCGUCCGGCGUGCCCUACGGCGGCGUCAAAAUGUCCGACACCUACGCCUCGACAGGCCAGGUCCUCGAGCAGUACUGGUUCCUCCGUGAGGGCGAGACGGGCCUGCACAUGUUCAGCCGCGUCGCCUACUACAACGAGAAAGCGCCCUUCCUGCGCAACCUCCAGGAGCUGCGCACCUUGUUCCGCCCCAACGACCCCAUGUGGACGCACCUCCUCACCAACCCGACGCAGUACGCGCCCCUCCCGUCAAAGGACGCCGUCGCCAAACAGGUUGUCGUCCAGGAUGCCACCUGGUACCUGGGCAAUACCCCCGAGGAUCCCUACGUCCAACAGGAGGCAGACUGGUUCACAAAGUACACCUUCCAGGACACCUGGCGCGACGUCGACGCCUACGGCAUGUUCGCCGACGGCUCCAAGACGGCCGACGGCUCCGCCUAUGGCGCCUGGAUGGUUUUCAACACCCGCGACACCUACUUUGGCGGGCCCUUGCACUCGGACCUGACGGUCGACGGCAUCGUGUACAACUACAUCUCUUCCAACCACCACGGCGACCAGACGCCCAACAUCACAAACGGCUUCGACCGCACUUUUGGCCCGCAAUACUACCACUUCAACAAGGGCCCCGCCGGCACCGGAAUCCUCGACCUCCACGCCGACGCCGCCAAGCUCGCCGACCCGGAAUGGAACGCCGCCUUCUACGACGACAUUGCCCACCUCGUACCGAAUUACGUCCCCUCCGCCAAACGCACCACCUGGAAGCUGCACGUCGACCUACCCGCGGGCGUCACCAAGCCCAUCGCCGUGCUAGCGCAGAACGGGGUCGACUUCCAGGACAACGUCUUGGAUACAAAGGCCUACCAGUACUGGGCCGACAUUGACAGCGGCGGCUACGCCACGAUCCCCCGCGUGAAAGAGGGCACCUACCGCCUGACCAUCUACGGCGACGGCGUCUUCGGGCAGUACGUAAAGGACGACGUCCAGGUCGUCGCCGGCAAGGUCGACACCACGCACGCGCGCUGGCGCGAGGAGACAGCCGGCACGGAGGUCUUCCGCAUCGGCACGCCCGACAAGUCGUCGGGCGAGUACCGCCACGGCUUCGCGCGCGACCAGACGAAGGCGAUGAAGCCCGAAGAGUACCGCAUCUACUGGGCGCGCUACGACUUCCCCACCGAGUUCCCCGAGGGCGUCCGCUUCCGCGUCGGGCAAGACGACGUCGCGCAGGACCUCAACUACGUGCACUGGGCGGCCUUUGGCGGGAAAGGCAACUCGUUCCGGCCGGAACUGUACCUCGGCGACGGCAACGUCAACAACUGGACCCUCGUCUUCGACCUCGAGGCGGCGGCGGUGACACAGAAGCGAUACGGCACUUUCACGGUGCAGCUCGCGGGCGCCAAGACGGCGGCGGGCAACACGGACGUCUUCAACGCCAGCGAGCCGCACUCGAAUCUUAAGUACACGGUCAACGUCAACGGAAAGGACCUGGAGCCGUGGGUGAUUCCGUAUUACCAGAGCAGCUCGUGCGCCGUGCGGUCGGCCGUCGUGUGCUAUAAUAUUGCCAACAAGUUUGUGUUUGACUCGAAGCUGCUCAGGGCCGGGGAGAAUGAGAUUGUUCUGAGCUUGCCGUACGGGGCGACCGACUACGAGAGCGCCGUGCUGACGCCGGCGAUUUACGUACAGUACGACGCGCUGCGGUUGGAGAUCAAGUAA